AACGCGCAUGCGCUAAAGAUGGCUGGCAGCGGUGGACCCGGACCUACCGGGGCAAGUGACGCGUCACAGGUCCAAUUAAGAGACAUCAUUAACACGGCACAAAAUCUGGUGUUAAUGUUGACUAACAGUGUACCUGCAAAUGUCAGGCCAGGCGAACAGGGAACUUCAGGAGAAGCUGCUGUUGGACAGGGAGUGCAGUCAGUAAGGCAGCCUCAGCAGGCAGCGCAACAACUGACAAGAUCCCAGAACACUGGACUGUCAGUAAAACAAGAAAUGGUCCGGUCUUUUCCAGGAUUUUUUCAAAAGGAGGCAAGGGGCAAAAGGCGCUUCACACCAUUCAGGACAAAAGAAUCUGGAAAGAGCUUUUUGGUGAAUUUUUUUCUUCUUAACAAGCAAUAUGAAAAAACACCAAAAGGUGAAGAGGAACUGCCACUAAUGUUGGCUGGCCUUGGAAAGCGUUCUCUAUCCAUAUCUGAAAACAUUACACAUUCGGAGUUUUCAGAUUUGCUUUUUAGUGCAUAUCCAAGACUAGCAAAUAUCUGUGGUGGUUGGAUGCUGCACAAGUCCACAGGUGGUGGUGGACGGCGGAGCUUAGUUGUUAUUCCUCCAGAUCUCCAUGGAUACAAUGGCCAGCAACUGAAAGCAGUAAGCGGGAAUGGAAAAUGCACAUUGUACAUUUCUCCUCUACAAGAAGAACUUGAUACUAUUCCAUUACCACCGGAAGCAAAAGAGUUUGAGAACAUGCCCAAAGCCCAAUGUACAACCUGCAAGAUAAUGGUUCCUCUUCAGAUCCUCCCAGCACAUAUCAAGGAAUGCAAGAUAGAACUGUUAGAUUUGUCCUCUUCUGCAGAUGAGGAAAGCUGCAGCAAAGAACAUGAAGAUACAUUCCAACAUUCCAUUUGCAGCAAGGCAGACAAGACAGCAGAAUGUCCUGUGUGCAACAAUGCAUUUCAAGCUGACAUAAUUGAAAUCCAUGCAGCCACAUGUGGAUUACGACCUACAGAAAGUGGCAGUCAUGAGUCAAGUGGAUCAGUCCCAGUCAGUACUUUUCAAAGUACUGAGGAAAUUUUGGAUUGGAUCGCUUCAAAAGUUAAUGAAGAAGACAGAUUUUCCAUCUGUGUGUCAAGAACUGAUCUUUUCAGCAGAGGCAUGCAACAAUGGCAGCGGCAGAAGAAGACAUCACCCAAAUGUAGACUUAAGGUCACAUUCUUUGGCGAGGCAGGUGUCGAUACUGGGGCCCUUAGCAGAGAAUUCCUCACAGAAAUGCUUGCAGAGAUUGAAAACAGACUCUUUGUUGGAAGGCCAGAUAAGAAAGGGAAGAAUCCUGUUUAUUGUCUCAACAGUUUGGACUCUAGAUUCUUCAGGAUUAGGAGUGCAGGAGAGGUCAUGGCCACUAGCCUGGCACAAGGAGGACCUUGUCCUAACUUCAUGCGCGAAUGGUGCUUCAGAUACCUCUGCUCCAGUGACGCUGAGAGCAUUGUUGUGUCUGCCAGUGAUGUAACAGAUUUAGAACUGUCACUGCUUGUUGAGAGGAUAAACAACGCCACGAAUGACAACAUCAGUGACCUGGUUGAUGAUAUUGUGGCCUGCGGAUACACUGGAGUUGUGUCCACUGAAAAAAGGGAAAGCAUGACAAGAACUGUCAUACUUCACUCCACCAUGAGGCUCCUCCCCAUGCUCGACCAGCUCAGGAAAGGCCUGAUGCUGUAUGAUCUCCCUGAAGUCAUGAACAGUCAUCAAGAUCUCUGCCAAAAACUGUUUAUUCCAGGGGAAGAUGUUGAGGCUGAUGCUGCCUUCCUCCUAGAGAACACCCGUCCUGUCUAUAGUGAAAUUGGUUCUGCCAAGCACCAAAAGGAAGUACAUAUCAUGAACUUUCUUCAAGACUACCUACAGGAAAUUGAAGACUCUGAACACGAGGGCCCCAGCAACAGCAGUGUUACUCCAGAAGGCUUGACAGUAGGGCGCAUCAUGCAGUGGAUGACUGGACAACGACACAAGCCUGUUCAGCCAAGCGAGAAGAAGGAGUUCCUCAUAAAUAUACAGUUCCAACAUGACUGUGACACACAACACACAGUUUGUUUUCCAACUGUAAGCGCCUGCAGUCGCACUGUCACAUUCCCUUCAGCUCACCUGAGAACAUACAGUGAAUUCAAAAACAUUUUGACACUAGCUGUGUCCCAUGGGCAAACAUUUGACAGGGUGUAGCCAUCCUAUGAAAAGAGAAAAAAGGUAACGGCAACAUAUCAUUGCCGCUUUACCUGACAACUUUCUGUUUCAGUCAUCUUUUGUUAAUUUCACUGUUACAAAACCAUUGUUUUUAUAUAAAUGGUAGUUCACUCCAAAGUUAGUUUUUACCUCCAUGUUACUCUUCAGAAUACCCACAAACAUUUUUUGGGUUUUGAGGCAAGUUUUAAAAGUCAAAAAUGUAAUUGUGACGAAUGUUGUGGAGAGUCAUGAAAAAGUUGCAAUCAAUGUUGGGACUCUUGUCUCAUGUUAAACUGAACAUUUGUAAGGCAUGCAUUUUUUGAAACAAUUACAUUUUUCAAGGUUG